UAAAAAGAAGGUGUUCAUUAGUAGGUACAUGAAUAAAAAAAGACUUCUGCCAUUUUGAAAAUGCUAACCACAUAAAGGUAGAGAGCCCUUUAAAUGAGACAUGAAGGGAAACAGUGAAAGGGAUAGUGAUCACAAAAAUGAAGAGAAAGCAGACAGUGGUCACCAGGGAAGUGAAAAAGUCCAAACACCACAGUAUGAUGUACCAGUGGACCGAGGGUGGGCCUGGGUGGUACUGUUAAGUACUUUCACCAUAGCCAUAUUUGUCAUCGGAGGAAUCAAAUCCUUUGGAGUUUUACUGGUGGAGUUUUCCAGAGUCUACAAGAGUCCUCAGAGUCAGCUGACCACCAUUCAGUCCAUUACAGGCUUUUUCUUCCUCUCCCUCAGUCCCUUUUCAAACUGGCUGUGUGAGCGCUUUACACAUCAGAAGGUUAUCUUUAUCGGAGGCCUGUUAACUAGUUCUGGAUUGAUUCUUAGCUUCCUAGCACCAUCAAUAGAAGUAAUGUACUUCACUUAUGGAGUGCUUACAGGUUUUGGGUUUGGUCUUUCAUUUCCACCGAGUGUUGUGAUAGCAACUCGUCAUUUCAACAAAAGAAGAGGACUAGCCAAUGGGAUCAACAUGGCUGGGGCAGCUGUGGGGGGCAUAUGUAUGCCUAUCCUGAUGCAAAUGUUGAUUGACAACUUUGGUCUAAAGGGCUGCAUGCUGAUAUUAGGAGGAACCAUGGCAAACAUCUGUCCCUGUGCUUUACUUCUGAGGCCAACACAUCGAUACCCAAGACUCGUACAUGUACAGGAAAAAGUAGAAGAGAUGGAGAAACUAGAUUCAGAUGGAGGUACAAAGAAGGACUGGAUGAAUUUGGUUACCAGGAAGAAUGUAAUAGAGAUCACAAUUGCUGAUGGUAAUGACGAAUCCAGUGAGCAGAAACCCCACAUUGAAAAUGGAGGGGGAAAAGUGGAUCAUGAUGCAACAACAUGUCUGUUAGACAAACCGGAGAGCAAAACACAGUCUCAAUUUGUGAGCAGACGACAACAUAAGACUUCAGAGAGUAAUUCUAUAGCAGCCAGCUUAACGGCAUUGUCUACUAUUUCACUAUCGCAUCAAAAUAUUCCACAGGAAAUAUCUAUAGCUGAAGAUACCUCAACAGCCAAUUCUACAGAUUUAAUGUGUUGCGAAUUUUUCAGAAACUUGAACUUUAGCCUUUUCAAAAACGUCUCGUUCAGCUUACUUCUUAUUUCAUUUUUCUUUACUGCCUAUAGUUAUCACUCUAUUUUUAUCAUACUUCCAUCCUAUGGAAUCGAGCAAGGCCUAACUCGGCACCAAAGUAUGUCAUUUAUUCCCGCCUUCGGCAUUGUGGAUGUCAUUGGUCGUUUGAUAGCCGGUAUCAUCAAUGACAAGUGCAUCAUAUGGAGGAAAUACAUAUUUAUAUUCUACAUACUUCUUCAUGGAUUAGGAUACAUUCUUGUUCCACUUUUCCACAGUUUUUGGGACAUCAUGAUGUGGUGCACAGCUUUUGGAAUUUUUACGGGUGGAUUCAAUGGGACCUUUGUUAUUAUGAUUGUGGAUUGUGUUGGAAUAGACCUGUUAUCCAGUGGUUGGGGUUUUACCUGUCUGAUUGUGUCAAUAGCAAUGCUUAUCAAUCCAGUGCUAUCAGGAGGUCUAAAGGACAUAUCAGGUACCUGGUCAACGUCCAUCUUCGUGUCCGCCUCUUUUGCGUUGUUUUCUUUUGCCCUUCUAAUAACAGAGGCCAUCUUUGCCAGAGUACAGAAAAAGAGAAGAAAUAAAGAAGAAAGUUUUUAAGGUUGAAAUUUGUAUGAAUACUUGCAAAUAAUUUAUUAUUUUUCAUUUAUUGUUAUUUAACAGACUUCGUAAUUAAAGAGGUGCUUUUUUUCUUUUAUCCUGGAGUAACACAGAAGAGAUAUGAUACUAAUUUUCCCUCUGUGCUUAGUUUUCUUACUCAGUGAUAUUGUCCAUAUCUUUUUUUGUUAUAAAGUUGUUUUUGUUAGUGAACUUUGGAUGGUUUGAUCAAUGGAUUGAGUGUACUGCGUGACUGAUCUCAGGCUUGUCUUCUUUAUUUAUGUUUUUUUUUUUAUAUUUGCUUUUAUAAUAUUGUACAUUUGAAUCUCAUUCAAAGUGAACAACCCUAGUUAUUUUUUUUUAACUCCUACACACAUUGUAUUUUUUUUAAAUAGUUCAUAUUUUAAUAUUUUAUUUUUAUAUGCAGGAAUGAAGCCAACUCAUUU